UUCCUCGCACGACAACUAGAUGGCUCCACCACCGCUCGUGCUCCGCACCAACGAACUGGGCCCCACAACAACAAGACACCCGUCGUGCAUCACCGAAACCGAAACAAACGCGGGUCAGGGAGGCCCCAGCACCUCCCCAACAACCGGUUACCUUGGAGAUUUCUUCACCACGUGGCCCUGUUUGUUAUUGGAAAAGGCGAAGUGGGACAUAGAUUAUGUUCGGUUACUCGCCGGAGAUCACGGGCAGAAAGACGGCGGCAACGACUGCGGCAUGAGGUUGAAAGAUAGUCAAACUUCCAACGGGCGCGGUGACGACUUUAGCGUCCACUCGGCUCACAUCGGAGAGGUUCACGACAUUCCAAUGAAUAUACUCAUACGGCCCAUAGCUCCGGUCCUCGAUGAAGCCAAGGUUGCCAGUCUGAUGGAGACGCUAAAGGACAACUCGAGAAGGAAUGAGGUGCCACCUAUCGACGUUCUCUGGGUCAAAGGACGGGAAGGAGGCAACUACUACUAUUCAUUCGGCGGCUGUCAUCGAUACGAAGCCCACAAGCGGCUAGGACUAGCCACGACACGAGCUAAGAUCGUCAGAUCCACCGUUCGAGAUCUACAGACGUAUCUCGGGGCAUCCACUCCAGAUCUCAAAUAAUAAAGUCUACCGUAUCGGUG